UCAAGUUUAUUGUCAAGAAGAAAUCAAGCCCUGCAUCAGAGAUACUCCUUAGAUCUGUGUUGCAAUAAGUUUUCAUGGCUGGUUCAGCCUAAUUUGCUUAGCGUGUUGUACAUGCUACUUUAUGUAGGAUUCCAACAAGUUGACUUGUGUAUUAUAUACAUCUUUUUGGAGCAGAUAACAGAAGUAAUUGAAAUUCAGUGUGCCAGUUAAGAGGGUGUAUUUGCAGUAUCUAAAUGUUACAGCCUUCUGGUCUUCUCUGCUUGCCUUAUUUCUUGUUAGAGGUAGUUAAGCUGCACUAAGAGUGACAGUUAAGUCUCAUGCUUAAAGCUUGCUUAUCCAUUAAUUGUUACUUGAAUUGCUGCGGAUUGCACGUGUACAAAAGCAGUGGUGCUGGAGAGGGAUGUCUUGGGAAGUAGAUGAACGAACAACUCCUUUCCUAUCGUAGCUGAACUUGUGAGCAAUCUGUAGAAACAGGAUUCGUGUUUUCCUCUGUUCGUCGCCGAUGAAACUAGGAGCGACUUGAGACAGCUGUCAAAACAAACAGCCUCAGAUGGUGAAAGCGUAUUUCAGUGCGAUGAAUGCUGGGCGGCAGCUUUCAGGUGGGAGCUGCGGCUCUGCCUGCAGAGUCCCGCUGUCUGCACGCGUGCUGGCUCUCGGCUGUGUCUGCAUAAGCAGCUGUCGUGCCGGUGUUACGUCUGCGCUGUACCAACCAAUUCCGAAACGAGCUGUGCCGCUCUUAAAAUAGCCCUGUUCACUUCGGAUCGCGAACUGAUGGAAUGUUUCGUGUUGCUACGAAAGCAGCGCUCGCAGUGCGGGCAGACGCCAAUUGGCAUCGCCUUCUCGCACAGCUCGUUUCUCCCGCGUGCGGCGGCGCGCAGCCCCGAACCCGGAGCGGCUCCCGCCCGCGGGGUCACCUUGGCGCAGCCCCUCCCCUUCCGUAGGCGCUGCUGGGCGGCGCGGCCGCCGCCAUCCCGUGGUGCCCCGCGGCGGCGGGCGGGCGGGCUGCGGCAUGGCGGCGGCGCUGGCGCUGCUGGGCCGGGCUGCGGGCCUCGCCAACGGAGCGCGGCGGCUGCUCAGGUACGGCGGGACGGGGCGGGGGACGAAGGGCCGGGGCUCCGCUCGGCGCUGAUUGUUGGUGUUGCGCGCAGGGGCUGCGGCGUUGGACGCGCGGCGGAGGCGAGCUGCUGGCGGGCCAUGAGCUCGGCCGAGCGCCCGAAGCGGCCCCUCAGCGCCUAUUUCCGCUUCCUGAGGGACAACCAGCCCGCCUUCCGCCAGCAGAACCCAGAUCUGAACAGCUUGGAGCUGGUGAAGAAGCUGGCCGGUGUUUGGAGGGAGCUGCCGGCCUCGCAGAAGCAGGUUUACGAGGAAGCAAGGAAGACAGACUGGCGAAAAUACGAAGAGCAGUUGGCUGCAUACAAAGCACAGCUAACUCCAGCCCAGGCUGCAGCUUUGAAAGAAGAAAGGAGAAAACGGCUGGCAAAAAGAAGAUCCUUCAGGAUAAAGAGAGAAUUGACUGUGCUUGGAAAACCUAAAAGACCUCGAAGUGGCUUCAACAUUUUUGUAUCAGAAAACUUUCAGCAGAGCAAAGGACUUUCACCUACGGCAAAGCUGAAGCAGUUAUUUGAAACGUGGCAAAAUCUAUCCAGUUCUCAAAAGCAGCCAUACCUGCAGCUUGCUCAAGAUGAUAAGGUGCGGUAUCAAAAUGAAAUGAAAUCAUGGGAAGCAAAAAUGAUUGAACUUGGACGUGAAGAUUUGAUACGUUCCAGAGAACAGCGGCCAAAAAAGAAGACUGACACUGCCCAGGAAAGCUCCAAAGCUUCGCUGCGUGAAAGCCUGGCAAAGCUCAAGUUGAAAAAAUCUGAAGAAUAAAACAGUUACGUAUGUAAUGUCUUUAUCCUGCUGUGCUAAUGCUGCAGUCAGGGUUAGGGCUGAAGGUUGGAAAACUCACAGUGGGCUGCUGGAGACAUUGGAAAGGGAAGUGAUGGGGAAAGAGAAUUCGGUGUCUCUUGGAACUGACUUAAUCAUGGCAGGUGUAACCUGAGCUGUGUAACGAGAAUUGGUUAAUCAAGCUGUGAAUGGUGGCAAUCACUGACAUCAGCAGAGCUCUCCUACAAUGGUAGAUACCAGCUAGCUUUUGUAAGAGAUUUUUUUUUUUUUUUUUAUGAAAGCGAGAAUAUUCUACUAUGUUACCAUUUAAUUCUGUAACUAGGAGCUGAAACCUGAAAUACGCUGCUGUGUUUUAUUCCCUCCAUGGUAGUGAUAGAGAAGGCGAGCAUUUCAAGGCGCAGGAAAUGCGACAUGCUAACUUCGGGUUUGUUCUUUUUGUAUGUAUCAGUCUGUGUAUACCACUUACAUCGUGUUUCAUUAAAGACCUUAUGAAUUUUGUACAAAUAUAGC